AUGGGAAAAAUCAUAGAUUUUACUUCCUUGGCUUUGAUGAUUAUUGCAACAAUUGUAUUUCAUUCAUAUUUAGUCAAUGGGAUGACAUCAAGUAGCAUGUAUGUAAAUUGGGGUGCUCAUCAUUGUAAACUUCUAGGGGAUGAUCUUCAACUUGUCCUUGAUAAAUCUGCAGGCUCUGGUGCUCAAUCAAAAAGAUCAUUUCUAUUUGGUAGCUUUGAAAUGCUUAUCAAAUUGGUACCUAACAACUCUGCUGGAACUGUCACAACAUACUAUCUAUCUUCUACCGGUACCAAGCAUGAUGAAAUCGAUUUCGAGUUUUUAGGAAAUAUAUCAGGACAACCUUAUAUUAUACACACUAAUAUUUACACCCAAGGUGUUGGAAAUAGAGAGCAACAAUUCUACCCUUGGUUUGAUCCAACUGCUGAUUUUCACAACUAUACCAUUCAUUGGAAUCCCAAUACUGUCAUAUGGUACAUUGAUGGUAUUCCAAUUAGGGUAUUUAGAAACUACCAAGCAAAAGGAAUUCCAUUCCCAAAUCAACAAGGAAUGAGAGUCUACACUAGCCUAUGGAAUGCUGAUGAAUGGGCAACAAGAGGUGGCCUUGUUAAAAUUGAUUGGACAAAUGCACCAUUUAUUGCAACUUAUAGAAAGUUUAGGCCAAGAGCUUGUUAUUGGAAUGGACCAAUGAGUAUUUCCCAAUGUGCAAUUCCUACAAAAAACAAUUGGUGGAGUUCACCUUUAUUCUAUAAAUUGAGCGCAAAUAAAUUUGGUGAAAUGAGCUCAAUUAGGAGCAAGUAUAUGAUCUAUGAUUAUUGCAAAGAUGUUAAAAGAUUCAAGGGAGUUAUGCCUAUUGAGUGCUCAUUGCCACAAUACUAGAAGGA